AUGCAGACCGAUGAUCUGAUGGAGGAGCUGAGCAGGAUGAAAUGGGAGAACGAGAAACUCAACGACAUGCUUCAAAUUGUGCGCAAAGACUACAGCGAUUUAAUCCAAAAACAAUCCGUAUCGGAAAACGAUGACCACCUCAUUACUAAUUCCAAGAAAAGAAAAUUAGCCGAUGAAUUUCAAAUCGAUAAUUUUAGUAAUCACGGUUACUGUAUGCCCAAAGAGAUCAAAUCAAAUGUCUCGCGAGUUCAUGUUAUAAAAGAUGGGUAUCAAUGGAGAAAAUAUGGGCAAAAGGUCACUAGAGAUAACCCUUCUCCUAGAGCUUAUUACAAGUGUUAUUUAUCCCCAAAUUGCCCUGUCAAGAAGAAGGUGUGACAUAUAUAUAAUUUUAAUUAAUUAUUAUUAUUAUGGAAAAUUGGUAAUAUAUAUAUUACAAAUUAAAUAAUGGGAAAUUUAAUUUAGUUAAUUUUUUUUUUGUUACAUGUUUAUUUAUGUAAUAGGUGCAAAGAAGUGCUAAUGAUCCAUCUCUAUUAGUAGCUGUAUACGAAGGCCAACACAACCACCACCCCACCGGAGGUGAAAUUUCAGUGGCGGCGGCGGCAGGAGGCGGUGGUUCGUCCAGCCCCGGCACAACUCCGGCGAGUCUUGAUCUGACGGAUCCAAUAAUAUGUAGCAGAAUGCAAAAUGCUAUUGCCGAGAAAAUGGUUUCUUCGUUGACAAGAAACGACAGCUUCACAGCUGCGCUGGCCGAAGCUAUAGCUGGCAGAAUAUUGAACGAUGAAUCGGAAGAUAAUUAUAAUGAUUGUUUUUAAUUCGACUUAAUUAAUUAAGUCUUCC